AUGCCGAACUCCGCCGACGAAAGGUCGUCGUCGCCAACCUCGCAGCCCGCCUCGAGAAACUCCCGCAACGCUUCCGCUUCGCGAGCCAGUCACCAGCAUGCUCCCACCCACCCAAGCGGCCUACGCGAGUCUCACUACCCCUCGACUUCACCAGAGGACAGGAUGGCCGGACCGUCAAUGAGCGGAAACGACUCUUCGCGCCGCGGAAGAGAGCUCUCAACAGAAAUCUACGAACCCCGCGUCGACAACGACGGUAUUCGGCCAACAAUUCCCGAGCACGCCUCUGCCGCAUCUGCACGCUCCGCCUCACCCGCGGCCGGUUCUUUCGACGAGCCGGGUGACUCUUCGACGAACAUUCGCUCGCGUCUUUUGGGCCAGAGAGACUGGGAUUGCGCCUCGGGGUGCGGGUCGGAUAACUGCCAGCAUGGCGCGCUGUCGCCGCGACCGCCCUCCCACAGGAGCUACGGCAGUUUUGCGGAUUUUGCCCACUCGCAAGGGCUCGGCGGCCGGUAUCCUGGCGGCCUAGGCGACAGAGCGGGCACCAGCUCGGAUAUGGCGCAAGAACUGCUGGGUGAGUCGAUCACAGACGGCCUGCUGGGUGGGCAGGGUAAAAACAACACGACGGCAUGGUUGGCGGAUAGACAUGGAAUCAAGAAUAGACGAGCAAUGUACCUGGCGUAUUAUAUUCCAAUCUUCAACUGGGUAAAGCAGUACAAAUGGUCGUAUCUACGGGGAGAUCUGGCUGCCGCGGUCACCAUGGCUUCCUUCUAUAUCCCCAUGUCUUUGUCCUACGCCUCCAACUUGGGACAUUUGCCUCCGGUCAACGGACUGUACAGUUUCGUCUUCAACCCUUUGAUCUAUGCGAUCCUUGGUACCGCGCCUAUGAUGAUUGUUGGCCCCGAGGCGCCGGGCUCUUUGCUCACUGGCGAGGUGGUCAGAGAAAACAUCAGAAAUGGCAACAGCGGAGAGCUUGAUGGCCAGAGAAACGCAGAAAUUGCCGGCAUUGUUACGUCCAUGGCUGGAGCCAUUAUCCUCUUGUCAGGUUUGUUCCGUCUUGGUUUCUUGGAUAGCGUGCUCAGCAGGCCCUUCCUAAGGGGCUUCAUCAGCGCCGUUGGCGUUGUCAUCUUUGUCGAUCAGCUCAUUCCUGAGAUGGGUCUCGUCCGCAUUGCAUCCGGCCCUCAUGGCAUAGAGCAUGGCAGUUGUACAGACAAGAUUGCUUUCCUAUUCAAAAAUGCUGGCAAAGCGCACAGUUUGACGUGUGCUGUAUCAUUUGGAGCAUUUGCAAUUAUCAUGGUUUGCAGGGAGCUUAAAAAGCGACUACAGCCACGCUUCCCCCCGGUUGCCUACGUUCCGGACCGCUUCAUUGUUGUUGUGUUGUCCGCCAUUUUUACUUGGAAAUUUGGCUGGGACAAGCAAGGUUUGGCCAUUCUUGGAGACGUAACUGCCGGUGGAGGAAAGCUCUUUGACAUCCACUUUCCAUUCGAUAUUUCGCACCUCCAGUACGCCUCUGAUGCCUUCGGAACGGCAUUUACGAUUGCCUUGCUGGGCUUCUUUGAAUCUUCCGUCGCGGCGAAGAGUUUGGCGCCGGCUCCGGAUGGCAUUCAGAGUGUCAACUUGAGCGCAAAUCGCGAGCUUGUUGCACUGGGCGUGGCGAACCUGACAGGUGGGCUGUUCAUGGCGCUGCCGGCGUUUGGUGGAUAUGGCAGGAGCAAAGUGAAUGCUUCAACUGGCGGCAGGACGCCGAUGAGCAGCAUUUUCCUCAGCUUGAUUACGAUGUUCAGUGUCGCCUUCCUUCUCCCUUACUUUUUCUAUAUUCCUAAAGGAGUGCUCUCCGCCAUGAUCGGCGUCGUCGCCUACUCUCUUAUCGAGGAAGCACCGCAUGACAUCCACUUCUUCUGGAAGAUCCGCGGCUGGUCUGAGCUCUCACUUAUGCUAAUCAUCUUUGUGGUGACCAUCUUUUGGGAUAUCAAGAAAGGUAUCGCCGUGGGAAUCGGACUAUCCCUUCUGCGCGUGAUCCGCCACUCGACCCGGCCCCGCAUCCAGAUCUUGGGCCGCAUUCCGGGCACAGCGGAUCGGUUCGAGAACGCCGAGAUCGCCCCUGGGCGGGUAGAGUUCAUCGAGGGCUGUCUCAUCGUCAAGAUCCCGGAGCCGCUAACCUUUGCCAACACGGGCGCCCUGCGAUCGCGGCUCAAGCGGCUCGAGGAGCACGGAACCAACGCAGCGCACCCAGCGCUGCCGCGUGUGCGCCGCGAAGAGCACAACAAGAAUGUCAUCUUCGACGUACAUGGUGUCACGUCGCUCGACGGUGCGGGCGCCCAGGUUUUGUACGAGAUUGUGCAAAGCUACGUCGGACGUGGCGUGCGUGUUUUCUUCUGCCGUGUGCCGCGCCGCGGCGGCGAGGUGUGGCGUCUCUUCGAGCAGAGCGGCAUCGUCGACACGUGUGGCGGCCCCCGCCACUUUGUCAACAGUGUCGAGAUGGCGCUGCGCAUGACUGAGCUCGAGAGCAUCACGGAUGCUCUGGAUGCGAGAGAGGGCAGGGCAUCGGAUGAGGGCAGGACGUAG